AUGUUUCCAGUAUUCCAUCGUAGUGGAUUGCGAGGAUUUGUGCUGAUGGCUAUAGCCGCGUUGGCAUGGGAGAGAACAGUCGUCGCACAAGAUGCUAGUUUCUAUACAAACCUAAUAACAUUUGCAAUUCAUAACAGCGAGCAAAACGUGACUACGAACGUUGUGUCGGACUUUGAGGAUUUUGAAGCACUGGGCUGCAACAGUACGGAUCCGUUUGCCGUCAUCGUGCACGGCUGGAAGGAGAGCUGCCAGACGGAAUGGCUGGUAGACAUGAUUGGCAAUCUAUCAACCGUUCGGAGCGGCUGUAUCUAUUGCAUGAAUUACAACAAUUUUUCCCGCCACGACGACUAUUUCGGGCUGGUGCGCCAGUUCUUACCGAUAUCGGAAGUGUUGGUGACGAAGCUGCACCAGUUGGAGAAGUUUGGGUACGAUUUCGAUGAUGGUUACAUGUUUGGAUUCAGCUACGGUGCCCAUCUGGCGUUCGACUCGUUAAGAAGGUUCGGUCCCGGCAAGCUGGCUGCAUUGGAUGUUUGUGAACCAGCUGGCCCCGGUUUCGACGGCGAGCAGCAGUAUCGCAUGAAAGAUCCUAAAGAAGCGGCGAAAAAUGUACAGUGCAUCCACACGAGUGACAACUACGGUACGCACGAGCGAAACUGUCACCAGAACUGGAAUCUGGGACGGUGCGGUAAAUCACAGGACGCAGCCGGUCCCUACCCGAAGGGCUCGCACGGGCUAUGUCCGUACAUGUACAACAGCGCGUUCAAACAUGACUUUUUAGCCAUGCCCAAUAAGCAAAAUUGUGAAACGAAACGACUUUCACCGGCAUGGCCAAAAGGAUUCCGGAUGGGAUAUUUCAUGGACCGUAAAAGUGACGUGAUUGGUGAUCUUUUUGCGGCCACCGCGAGGGAAUACCCGUACUUCGACAAUACCUUCGCUAACGAAGUCAAUGAAGUUUAAUUAGUUUUCGAAAGGGA